CGCACGGUCACUGUAGCUGCAUUCCACAGGGGAGAAAACGCUUGAGAAUUCUCUUCUUUUUGCGAUUAAGAGGGAAACUUGUGACAUUUGAACGGACUACAAGACAUUUUAGUACUGUUGCCACCAAAUCACAAACUUUUUUCGCCUGUGAUGCCCGCUGGGAUGUUUAGUAUCGACAGCAUUUUAGCAGGGAGACCCAGUUGCAAGGACUCGGUUCUGCUCCAUCGGAAUGCUCCGGUUGUGUUCUCCAACUUGACGGAAUCCUUGUACACAACAGCUGGCGAUUUUAACGGACUCUAUUCGCAUACAGGACCUCCAGCUCCUAACUUACAAUCGGUGAACGGAACAAGGAUAGGUUAUAACAACUACUAUUAUGGUCAACUUCAUGUCCAGGGGCCGACUGGUCCAGCUUGCUGUGGCGCAAUACCAACUCUUGGUUCGCAGCAGUGCCCGUGUAUUCCUACAGGCUACGACAGCGCCGGAUCAGUGCUUCUUUCUCCAGUCCACCAUCAGAUGAUGUCCUACAUGAACGUGGGCACUUUGUCCAGAACCGAGCUGCAGCUGCUCAACCAGUUACACUGUCGACGCAAGAGACGCCACCGAACCAUAUUCACCGACGAGCAGCUGGAGGCACUGGAGAACCUUUUCCAAGAAACCAAAUACCCUGACGUUGGCACAAGAGAACAACUGGCACGAAAGGUGCACCUACGUGAAGAAAAGGUGGAGGUUUGGUUCAAAAACAGACGAGCAAAAUGGAGAAGACAGAAACGAUCGUCGUCAGAGGAAUCAGAAAACACACAGAAAUGGAACAAAUCCACGAAAACAUCCACAGAGAAAAUCGAGGAGGGCAAAAGUGACGUGGACUCAGACAGCUGAGACAUUGAAUUUGAGACCGUAAAAUCUUGCACAAUUAUGAUUUGGACUUUCUGUACAUAUUGUAAAGUAUCAUGCGAGUAGGAGUGAAAUGUGUUGUCAUGCCGUUGCACAGAUGUAUAGUAAAUGUUACCUUUAACAAUGAUAUUGUUAUUUAUAUUAAUUUAAAUCUACACAGACGAAAAUAACGUGGAUUCUACUCAUAGUAAUGCUACCUGAUAUAUACUGAAAACAUUUUUAGCUUAAGUUGAAUUAAAGUCUGGUCGUCAGAAGAUGUUCUGGAAUGGGCUGUAACUGAAGACAUGUACGAUGGCAGGACGAUCAAAAUGAUUAAAUGAAAGUUUAAUGUCGCCUGAACACUAAAAAGAACACAAGCAAACA